AUGAACGACAGGGCUACAAACGGAAAACUGUGUUUAAAAGAGUUCCCCAAGUCACUUACUGGCACCGCGUUCACUUGGUAUGAUAAUCUAAAGGAAGAAAGCGUGGAUUCUUGGCAGACUUUAUCCACACUCUUCCUUAGAAAGUUUUACUCAGCCAAAAGGAAGAUAACGGAGAUAGACCUGAGCAAGAACGAGCAGCGAAUAGGCGAAGAAGUAGGGAAGUACAUCUUACGGUUCCUACGCCUGGCAUUGGAUUGUCAUGAAGACAUCGACGAGGAAGCGCUUGUCGAGAUCUGCGUACGCGGAAUGGUCUCAGCUUUCAAGAGGAGUUUAUUUAAUUUCAGGUUCCAAACCUUUGUCGAGCUAAAAGAAGAAGCCGAGAGGAUCGCUGACUGCAUAGAAGAGAUGCCGACAGAUGUUGUUUGGCGCACCACAGUUAACGUUAGCGCUGCAACGGGAACCUCACGCAAUGUGAGACCUAAUGUUAAUGAGGGUGGGAACCAAUACCACGUGGAUGGAAGAAAUCAAGGGAGGAACGAAAGGAGGAAGCGCGAGUACAAAACACCACCACCUCUCCCUUGCAGUAAAGAACGCGCGAUCAAGCUUCUGAAUCAAUGGGUCGCUGACAGGGCAUUUCAGCUACCCCCAACCACAGUAGAUAUCAACAAAAUGGACAAAAUUUCGGCCAAAUACUGCUGCUACCACCGAAGAAUGGGACAUCCAACAGAAGAGUGUUUCGCCAUUUGA